AUGGACAAAGCGGGAGAUGCAGGGCCACCAGCGAGCCCUCAGCCAGAGGAAGUAAUCUUAAUGGAAUCCGAUACUGAUUAUUCUAGUAUCAGAGGGAAAAUGAUUUUGGUGAGUCCCUCAACAGAAGAAUAUGAAUUGCUGAAGAAACAACUGACAGAGAGGCUAGAAUCUGGAAACGGUGAAAUCAUUUAUGAUAUCGGACAGGGUGAAGAUGGCAAAGGCUUAACAGAAGAUGAAUAUAAUGCGUCAGUAGCGACAUUACAAUCUCUAGUCAGUGAAAGAGUGUCCUGUGUUGAGUUGAGAAAGUGGGAUUGUGGCACGGGAAUGGUGGGCCAGUACUUACUAAGAACAGAACUUGAUCAUAAUGAUUUUAUGGAAAUUAGAGUGGCAGUAGUCGGGAAUGUGGAUGCAGGCAAGUCUACAUUACUUGGUGUGCUAACACAUGGAGAGUUGGAUAAUGGCAGGGGGCAUGCAAGACAAAGGCUGUUUAGGCACAAGCAUGAAGCAGAGACUGGCAGGACCAGUUCUGUUGGGAAUGAUAUUCUCGGCUUUGAUAGCAUGGGUAAUGUCGUAAAUAAACCCGACCACGGCACUCUUGACUGGGUGAAAAUUUGCGAAAAGUCGUCCAAAGUUAUCACAUUCAUUGACUUGGCUGGACACGAACGCUACCUCAAGACUACUGUAUUUGGAAUGACUGGACAUGCACCAGACUUUGGCAUGCUUAUGAUUGGUGCAAAUGCUGGAAUAGUGGGAAUGACAAAGGAGCACUUGGGACUGGCUCUAGCGCUAUCAGUGCCGGUCUUCGUCGUCGUAACCAAAAUAGAUAUGUGCCCGCCUAAUGUUCUUCAGGACAAUCUGAAGCUCUUAAUAAGAAUACUAAAAUCUUCGGGCUGUCGAAAAGUUCCCGUCAUGGUCAAAACGAAAGAUGACGUUAUUGUCAGUGCAACUAAUUUUGUUUCGCAGAGGCUCUGUCCCAUCUUCCAAGUUUCAAAUGUCACGGGCGAGAAUUUGGAGUUGCUCACCAUGUUCCUUAAUUUGCUGAAGACGAGAAUGCCCUCGCAGGACGACAAACCGGCGGAGUUUCAAAUUGACGACACUUACUCCGUACCUGGUGUGGGGACAGUGGUCUCUGGCACGACGCUGGCCGGAGUAAUACGUCUAAAUGACAACUUGCUGCUGGGACCAGAUCCAUUGGGUCGCUUCGUGCCCAUCACCGUGAAGAGUAUUCACCGCAAGCGGAUGAGCGUGCAUGAAGUCCGAGGAGGGCAAACGGCCAGUUUCUCGCUGAAAAAGAUAAAGCGUUCCGCGAUCCGCAAAGGUAUGGUAAUGGUGUCUCCAGCUUUAAACCCGCAAGCAUGCUGGCAGUUUGAAGGAGAGAUCCUUGUGCUGCAUCACCCUACCACCAUAUCCUCUAGAUACCAGGCAAUGGUGCACUGUGGCAGUAUUAGACAGACAGCGUCUAUUUUAUCGAUGUCGCGAGAUUGUCUGAGGACGGGAGACAAAGCCCGCGUACGCUUCCGUUUCAUCAAGCACCCAGAGUACCUACGCAGGGGACAAAGAAUGGUUUUCCGCGAAGGGCGCACGAAAGCAGUGGGCAACGUUCUACGACCAGAGCCACAUGUCCAGCUCACUGCGAGGCACCACCGACAUGAGCAUAGGCAGCUCAAUGCUGUACAAGAAUCAGAUGAGUCGGGUGCAAACUCUCCUUUCGAAAUGUCCGGUGACAAGAGAAGAAGGACCCGCAAACGUAACGACAAGCACCCACCGCCGGGCGCUUCGUCGGGCUCCGCUGUUGCCGCUAACUAA